AUGCCGAUCCAGCAGCCCGCAAACCAGAUCAAACUGACCAAUGUGUCGUUGGUUCGGUAUAAGAAGGGCAAGAAACGCUUCGAGCUUGCAUGCUACAAGAACAAACUUCUCGAAUACCGGUCAGGAACCGAGACCGACCUCGAUAACGUCCUGCAAGUGCCAACCAUCUUCCUCAACGCUUCAAAGGGCGAAACUGCCCCGAAUGCUGAACUAAUCAAAGCAUGGCCUAUGCCCUCACAGAAUGAAAAACAAGAAUCCUCAACAGCGCAUGGAGGCAAAGGCGGUGGAAAGGGAGGAAAGAAAGGCAAAGGGAGAUCUACAACAGAUGAGGGGGAGGAUGAGAAGUCUUGGAAAGACGCCAUCAUUGAAGAAAUCCUGAAAAAAGGCGAGAUCCAAGUAAAUGCUAAUGAGCGCAAGGAACUACUGGACAGAAUGGAGAGGGAGAUUGUGGAAGAAGUCGCCCAGAGACUCGUCGAUCCGCAGACAAAGAGAGUCUACACUACAGGCAUGAUCAAGAAAGGACUGGAUGUUCUCUCUAAACAGGGAGGCCAUGUUCCCUCGCAGGAUUCCUUGGGUCAUAAGCUCGGCAACUUGAACUUGGGUGAAGGCAUCAAGAAGGCCGUUGCUGCACCAAAGGGAUCGAGCGAGACGAGUGGGCAAGCAACGCCUAUGACCGACGAUGACAACGAGUCCGCGUUUGGAGGUAACUCGAAGGGCAAGAAGAGCGAUAUGCCAACAUGGACUGGGGUCGUGACCAAUAAAUCCGUCAAGCAGCAGGCUCUUGAAGCGAUUCGCGCCCUGAUCGCAUGGCAGCCCAUCCCCGUCAUGCGUGCGCGUAUGAGAUUGCGAAUCACUUGUCCCACCAACAUCGCCAAACAAGCCGCCAAAUCCAAAGUUGAGAGUACAAGCACAGAGGCUGGCGAAGACGCUGGGGCCGAUCACGGCAAAGGCACUAUCAAAGAUCGCAUUCUCUCCUUUGUCGAGCAAGUAGAGAGCCAAGAGGUGCUGGGCGAGGAGUGGGAAGUUGUUGGAUUCGUGGAGCCGGGAGCGUUCAAGACCCUGGGCGAGUUUAUUGCCGCUGAGAUGAAAGGGAAAGGGAGACUGGAGGUGCUGGACAUGGCUGUUACACAUACCGAUGAUUGA